ACCGAGGUGGUGGUUGGAGGAAGCGGAGGAACGGGAGCCCCUGAACACAUAGGUGUUUCUGAGGUGUAAUUAGAUAACUGUGAAGGAGAAAAUAGACCUCUGAGUUUUUACCUGUGAACACAAUAGCACUGAGAGAGACAAUCUGAAAGCAAAGAGGAAGAGAUUGGUCAGUCACACCAAGAGGCACCAAAGUUGAAAGUUUUAGAUUUUUUUUUUUUUUUUGCCUCUGUUUUUAUUUUCGCCCCUGGGUGUCACUGCAAUGGUCAGAAAGCCUGUCGUGUCUACCAUCUCCAGUGGAGGUUACCUGCAGGGCAGUGUUCAUGGGAGGCUGCCCUCCCUGGGCGGCAAGGAGCCCCCUGGGCAGGAGAAAGUGGUGCUGAAGAAGAAAAUCACUUUGCUGAGGGGCAUCUCCAUCAUCAUUGGCACCAUCAUUGGCGCAGGCAUCUUCAUCUCUCCUAAGGGCGUGCUCCAGAACACGGGCAGCGUGGGCAUGUCCCUGGUUAUCUGGACAGUCUGUGGGGUCCUGUCACUGUUUGGAGCCUUGUCCUAUGCUGAAUUGGGAACAAGUAUAAAAAAAUCUGGUGGUCAUUACAUCUAUAUUCUGGAAGUCUUUGGCCCAUUACCAGCUUUUGUACGAGUCUGGGUGGAACUGCUCAUAAUACGCCCUGCAGCCACUGCUGUGAUAUCUCUGGCAUUUGGACGCUACAUACUGGAACCGUUUUUCAUUCAGUGUGAAAUUCCUGAACUUGCCAUCAAGCUCAUUACAGCUGUGGGCAUAACUGUAGUGAUGGUCCUAAAUAGCAUGAGUGUCAGCUGGAGCACCCGGAUCCAGAUUUUCCUAACCUUUUGCAAGCUCACAGCAAUUCUGAUAAUUAUAGUCCCUGGAGUUAUACAGCUAAUUAAAGGGCAAACACAACACUUUAAAGAUGCCUUUUCAGGAAGAGAUGCAAGUGUUAUGGGACUGCCGCUUGCUUUUUAUUAUGGAAUGUACGCAUACGCUGGCUGGUUUUACCUCAACUUCGUUACUGAAGAAGUACACAAUCCUGAAAAAACUAUCCCCCUCGCCAUAUGUAUAUCCAUGACCGUCGUCACCAUUGGCUAUGUGCUCACAAACGUGGCCUACUUCACGACCAUCAGUGCUGAGGAGCUCGGGCUCUUGGAUGCAGUGGCGGUGACCUUUUCCGAGCGGCUCCUGGGCAAUUUCUCAUUAGCGGUUCCAAUCUUUGUCGCCCUGUCCUGCUUUGGCUCCAUGAACGGUGGCGUGUUUGCCGUCUCCAGGUUAUUCUAUGUUGCGUCUCGAGAGGGUCACCUUCCGGAAAUCCUCUCCAUGAUCCAUGUCCGCAAGCACACCCCUCUGCCAGCUGUCAUUGUUUUGCACCCUCUGACGAUAAUCAUGCUCUUCUGUGGGGACCUCUACAGUCUUUUGAGUUUCCUCAGUUUCGCCAGGUGGCUUUUUAUUGGGCUAGCAGUCGCCGGGCUGAUUUAUCUUCGCUACAAACGCCCAGAUAUGCAUCGUCCUUUCAAGGUGCCGCUGUUCAUCCCAGCUUUGUUUUCUUUCACGUGUCUCUUCAUGGUCGCCCUGUCCCUUUAUUCAGAUCCAUUCAGUACAGGGAUCGGCUUCAUCAUCACACUGACCGGGGUCCCCGCCUACUAUCUCUUUAUCGUAUGGGACAAGAAACCCAAGUGGUUUAGAAGAGUGUCAGGCAGAAUAACCAGAACCUUACAAAUAAUACUGGAAGUUGUACCAGAAGAAGAUUGUCAUUAAUUAUGAAUUAAUGCAUUUGAAAUCUUGGCAAUCUAUCCUUGGCCUUGUUUCUGCCGAAAAGGCUGAAACAAAACAUGGACGUUCACUUCAUUUUAUGAAAAUCCAGAGGAUUGCAACUUUGGUGAUGGACUGAAAGGAAUCAGUUAUUUCUGUUUGUAUCGUUUAGUGUAUUCAAACUGGUUUCUAAGAAAUUUAAUUAUAACUCCAUGUAGUUCUAGAAAACUGAUAUGCAACUGUACUAUGAGUUCACGUGAUUCUUGAGUGCCUGAUACCCACCUUUUGAAGUUAGGGGGAAAAGACUGUGGAAUGGACAAUUACUUCAGUGGUCUUUCGCUGUAAUAUAUCUUACCAUGGCUAAGAACCUUCAAUUGGAGACUGAAAUGUUUUCUAUACGUAUGGGUUUUGUACAAGCGGUUUUUACAUACUAUAGGUGACCAUACUGUGAAAAGUGUUUUCUACUCUUCUGGAGGAAGAAAGAAAGACAAAGCAGGCAUCAUCACUGUGGACAGAGGAGAGAAAUUUAUUUUACAUUGGCAUUGCAUUGCUUCCCCUGAGGUAUCAACUUAGAUGUCACUCAUCUUUUAAUGAGUGAUACUCAGAGCAUUUUGAACAAAGGACAGAGUUGGGAUAUGCCCAGUUUUAAUGGAUACGUUGAAGAAGAGCUGCUAGGGGCUACUGUUCAUGAGACAAAUCCACAAAUUAUGUUUAAGUAAAAAUCCUUGAGAAUUUAUUAGGGGGUUUUUUUUGUUGUUGUUGUUGUUUGUUUUUUCCACUCAUCGUUAGGAAGGCACGUGGUUAUAUGCCAUUUGGUUUUUAUGGCAGCUCAUUUGAUCAAGAAAGGAUGUAACUUUCUUACAGCAAAGCCAUACUCAGUUUGGUAUUAAAUCUUCUUAAGCACAAUCACCUGUUUUGUGAAUAAUUUACCCUUGAUAAAUACACCUAAAUAUGUGCAUUUUCGAAUCUUCAAAUUGCAAUGUCAACACAAGACAGAAAUCACCAAGAAAGAAAACGCCCAAAAUAUUAUGCAGUGUUAGUAAUUCCGAAUUUCUUUUUGUUUCAUAGCUAUUUUUACAUGGUGAUGAAUUUUGACAGGUUGUACAUUUCCUUUAUACAUUUUAUGUUCUGUUAAAAUAGGUCUUCGGCUACAACUGUCCAGGUCAAUUAGGAAAAGGCAUAUAUUCACAUAAAAACUGAGGAAGAAAUGUCAUUGAUAAAGAAAACUUACAGCUGAUGUUUCUAAAAUUUUUCCACUUUUGUGUCUAGGCUCUGUCAGUAAUUUCCUCACCUGAAUUAUCAUUCAAUUCACAAGAGAUAACUGGUAACAAAUUCACUGAAAGAAGGAGAAACUGUGCAUGAAUGUGUGUAUCCAUACAGGUGUUACAUACUGGGUUUAGAAAAUAUUGUGCAAUUUUCAAAUGAGAGUCAUAGUAUGAUGAAACCUGUUAACUGUUUAGUCAGCAUAUUUCAUUCUUUAAUUUUUUUGUCCAUUUGAAAAUAAGAAUUUUUUGAAAGAAUUACACUGAUUAAAAUCAUUAAGAGAA